UAAAAUAUUUCUAGAAUUAAUAAAAAUGGGAUAAACCAAGAAUAAUGCAAUGGGCUGCUGUGCUUCAGCUAGUAAUCAGGUCACUCCACACGAUACUCCAGUUAAACAUAAAAAAUAUGGGUUCGAGGAGAAGGAGAUUGUAUUAAGUAGACAAGAUACCUCCUCCACAAUACUGAUCAAUGAUACCAAAUCUAAGGGAAAUAAACCAAACAAAAUACCAGACAAAUCUUCAAAACCAUCAGAACCCGUCAAACCGUAUGUCCCAAUCAAACCUAAACCACCUCCACCGAAGAAAGAACUUGAGAUAAUAUCCAACUCUAUACUUGACGGUCAUAUCCAGUAUGUAGAUUUAGCAAGCUGGGCUCCAGCUGCAGAUACUGUCUUUACGGCAAGCCGUGACCGGCGCGCUAUCCUGUGGGACGUGAGUGUGCCGGCUGCCGUAGAGAAGGUUGAACUGGAGGGAACGGAUCUGGAGUAUCCAGUAUCUUGUGUGGGAUGGAGUGAUGACGGAGAAAUGAUCGGAUUGGGUCAUGAGGAUGGAAAAGUCAGCCUUUGGGAAAAGACCGGGAACCAUUUGUUUACGUGGUGGCCACACGAGGCUCCCGUCAACUGUGUUUUUGUCAGGUGGGAGGAAACAGGUCCUACAGUUCUUUCAGCAGGAGACUGUGCAGCAGCCAGUAAAUAUAUAUUAGAUGCAGAAGUACAGGAGUUGACCCAGCUGUACUUCAGUAACUCAGUAGACCUCAGCUGGGUUGAGUGGGUUGAUCAAACUAAAUUCUUAACUUCAGAUGUGGCGGGAAAUAUUGAGCUUCAUAAUUUUGACCUUGAGAGAUUACAGAAGAAGAUUAAAGACGGUAAAUACGAAGACAAGGAGAAGGCACACAGAACCUUCCCUGGACACUCAGCUGGGGUUUAUCAGGUUAAAAUGAAACCAGGUUCUAGUGGAACCUUUGCAUCCUGCUCAGUUGAUUGCUCCGUGAAAGUCUGGGAUAUCAGAAAUAAAGAAGAUCCUUUGGUGCACAGUUUAGAGGAUCAUAUUGGAUAUGUGACCUGCUUAUGCUGGGUUCCCUCUUCUGAUUUGCUUGUCUCUGCUGGAUUCGAUUAUACUGUCAAAAUAUGGAACUCAAGAGCUGGUUUUCUCAUUCAUUCACUUGAAAAACACCAUGAUGCGAUUACCCAGAUAUCUCUCUCUCCAGACAGUUUGUAUAUAGUGUCGGCAGGACAGGACGGGGAUCUACAUUUCUGGAGUUUAGAGGACGGUGUCCUGGUUAAUACAUACGAAGGAGCAGGACGUAUUGUACAAGCGUCCUUUAAUCACACAGGAAUGAAUGUGGUAGCUACAAGCUACAAAAUAGUUACACUUCUACAGUUGGCCUAUGAUGAAAAUCAAAGAGCUCUCAGAAUGCAACCAAAGAAGGAGGAGAAGGGGGGAGUACCGGAAGAGGAGGAGGCGGAGAACGAUCAUAAGAAAAAGAAGAAAAAGAAGAAGCAUAGAAAGCAUAAAGAGGAUGAACCAGAAAAUGAUUAUGAAGAAGAGGAAGAAACCAAGAAAAAGAAACAUAGAAAGCAUAAGAAAUAGCAUAAGAAUUGACAUCUAUAAUAUAAAAAUAAACAUAAUUAUGUUAUA